AUGUUGCGUCUCAAAUGGCUAGUCAUCCUAAGCGCCCGCGCUUGGGGUGACUUCCUACCUGUAGAUGAGCGAUGUGUGACAGCCAUCUACUCAGCAUACAACUACGUUUCCUUUGCGGGGGAACCGGCCACCGGCAUGUGGGAGACUCGAUGCCAGAAUCCACUCAAGGUCACGUCUAUAUAUGCUGCCUCCGAAGUAUACUGUCGGGAUGCGGAGCGGGCGGCGGGUCUGGCGCAGAUGGCUAGUGAAUGUGAAGAGUUCGGCCAUCGACAGCUGCUUCCGAGGGAGGCCGUUGCGGAAAACCUGACUGAGGAUGCGAUUCGGAAUAUGAGAACUGUGGCCUAUCUAGAGAUGGCUGGAGACGAAGUGUCUGACUUGCCAAUCAUGCUUUCUGCUUCUUAUUUCAAUCGAAUGUACAAUACUAUCGAUUAUUGGCAGUUUGAGAGCUGGUCCCAUCAUGCUUUUGGUUAUAUUGGAUAUGCUUACUGGGGUAUUUUGAUCUUGCUGGGGAUGAGCUACCGUUUCUGUCGUUGGGCAAUUUAUCAUCGAAAGCCUCGGAUGCAACGGGGAGUGGAAUCACAGACAUAUCCGUUUCUCAAUAAAUGGCAUGCUAAUCCCUGGGUGGGACAAAGCAUCCAUUGGUUACAAACCCAUCUCAUUGUGGCAGCUCCGCUAGCAUCACGAGGGCGGCAACUGCUUCUAUGUACAUUCUCGAACCGGGCAGAGGCCCUUGCCGUCGGAGGAUUCUGGAUCCUAAGCAUUGUUCUCAGCCUGGUCGGGUACAGGACCUUUACGGGAAAUAUUUACUGGCCGGAUGUCCCCAGUCAACUUCUACGAUAUUCAGCAGACCGAACUGGCAUCAUGGCAUUUGCCAACUUGCCCUUACUAUGGCUCUUUGGUGGUCGUAACAAUAUCCUGAUCUGGGCUACGGGUUGGAGCUUUGCUACAUACAAUAUCUUCCAUCGACAUGUCGCCCGUGUGGCCACACUGCAGGCGCUGGCACAUGCCACAUUAUACUUGGUAAUUUAUUUCAGGGCCAACAAGUUGUGGAAAGUCUUCUACAAGGUCUAUAUACUUUGGGGGAUUCUGGCCGUCCUUGUGAUGUUUCUCCUAUCAUUGGCAUCGCUAGACCGACUUCGAUUUUCUAGCUACGAAGUAUUCUUGAUCAUACACGUCGUGCUUUCAGUCCUUACCCUUGUUGGAUGCUUCUACCACACCACCAUCUUCGAAGGGUAUGAGUACUGGCAGUACCUAUGGCCCUCCGUUGGUAUCUGGGCAUUUGAUCGAUUCUUACGCGUAGUUCGGUUAUGCUAUUGCAAUGUCCAUGUCAGCCUCACUGGACGCAACCUGAUCCGCACUUCAUCGGGCCAAAUGACCUACGAUGAGGAGACCGAUGUGGUUAGGUUAGAAGUAUCGCUUGCUACUCCCUUCAUUCGUCCAACCCCAGGUGACUAUUUCUUCCUGUACCAACCAUUUCGUUGGAAGGGCUGGGAAAGUCACCCAUUCACCGUUGGUGCUUGGUCAUCAAAUUUUGGAUCGGUGUCACCUUCCAAGAUGUCGAGAAAGUCCAACGAAUCUUUGAGUGUCUCGCAGAUUCCCCUGUUGCCGAGUAGGUCCCAUGACCAAGAAGAUCAAAUACCCACAGAAGGAUCGAAUACGGCCAAUGUACCACCUCUAAAAGCGAUCUUCUGGAUCCGUCCAUACGAUGGCUGGACGCGACAACUGCGCCAGCUAUGCCUUCGCUCAAAAUCUCAACCCGUCAAUACGACCAUCCUCCUCGAAGGACCAUAUGGACACCACUUCCCACUUUGGAAAUAUGAGUCCGUACUUAUGAUCGUAGGAGGCACGGGAAUCGCAUCAGCAGUACCAUACCUCCAAGACCACCUCCAACGAUCAAGACACGACUGGGACGAAGGAACCGGAGAAAAGACCCGCAUCCGAGAUAUCGAAUUAAUCUGGACCGCGAAACAGGUCCCCUUUCUCAAAGAUGUAGCUAGCAGGGAACUCAAGCCCCUGCUGACUCGCGAAGACUUUCAAGCUUCCUUUUAUAGCACUGGAUCCACUACCCCUGAGGAUAUGACCGAGUUCGGAUAUGGAAUUAUACCCGGUCGACCCCAUUUGCAAUCACUCAUCAUGAGUCGAGCGUGCGAUACGUCGUCUGCUGGAAUCUCGCUGGCUGUUUUGGCCUGUGGCCCGGCUGAAAUGGCUGAUGAGGCGCGAGGCGCUGCUCACCUCGCUAUGCGACAAGGAUACCGGAUCAAGUAUGUAGAAAAGUCAUUUGCAUGGUAG